ACAGAUGGCGCGAUACCACAUGUAAUGUUGUACACUUCGCAUAAAGAUGUCAGCCUCCUGUCGUACGAAAAUGGGAACGACUGGGUCAGGAAUUCUCCCCAUUUUCAUCAUUCUGGUUGGAUACCAGGUUAUAUAUACACUUGCAGAUACAGAGAACGAUGACAGAUGGAAGCCUUACCUGUCACUGAUCGAGGAAGCUACAUCAAGUUAUGAAGACUGUGCAAUGGACGACUGCUCAUGCCAUGCAGGAGUAAUGGAUGAAGACCUGUCAGUGUGGCAGGAAAGAGGAGGUAUCACCAGAGAGGAUGUGGAGAGAGCUGAGAGUAGAGGCACACUCUACCAGAUCAUCAACCAUCACCUCUUUAGGGAAGAGAAAUGCAUGUUUCCUGCCAGAUGCAGUGGAGUUGAACAUUUCAUUUUGAAAAUCAUUAAGAAACUCCCAGACAUGGAGUUUGUGAUGAAUGUUCGAGAUUGGCCACAAAGUGGAAAGUAUGCCCAGCCGUUGCCUGUACUUUCUUUUAGUAAGGUAACGAACCAGCACUAUGACAUCAUGUACCCAGCUUGGACCUUCUGGGAAGGUGGCCCAGCGGUAUGGCCGUUGUUCCCCACUGGCCUUGGAAGAUGGGAUCUAUUCAGGGAGUCUCUUGACAGAGAAUCAAAGUUAUUACCUUGGGAAAAGAAAGAAGAUAAAGCAUUUUUCAGAGGAUCUAGAACAAGCGCGGAGAGAGAUCCACUUGUCCUCUUAUCAAGAGAAGACCCAGAUUUGGUGGAUGCAAGCUACACCAAGAAUCAGGCGUGGAAAUCUGAUGCAGAUACUCUACAUGAGCUUCCCGCAAAGGAAAUAUCAUUGGAAGAACACUGCAAAUACAGAUAUCUGUUUAAUUUCCGUGGAGUUGCUGCAAGCUUCCGUCUGAAGCACCUGUUUCUCUGCCGUUCCCUUGUCUUUCAUGUGGGUGAUGAGUGGCUCGAGUUCUUCUACCCGGCUCUCAAGCCAUGGGUUCACUACAUCCCUGUAAAACAAGAUCUAUCAGAUGCAAGAGAAUUGAUAGAAUUUGCCAAGGCCAACCAAGAAGUAUCCCAGCAGGUUGCAGACAGGGGUCGUGACUUCAUCUGGAAUCACCUUCGUAUGGAGGACGUUCAAUGCUACUGGUUGAAUCUCUUGAAGAGGUAUGGUAAGCUGCAGAAAUACAAGCCUAAACUCAGGAAUGAUCUCAAGCAGAUCAAACCAAAAAGGGAUGAAUUAUAAGACAAUCUUCAUUUUAUCAGGGAAAGGUGGAAAACAGGCUUAUUUACGACUCAUUCACAUAUAAUGCAGCAAAACCUAAAAGGGAGAAAAGAGAAUACAGUUCAAACACAAAUUAUGUUUCAUUUAUAGAGGCAAGUGUUUGCUGGUAAGUGAAUGCAUGCAACAGGGUUCCUUAUGGUAUUCUUUGGCAUAGUGGUAUAUUACAAUGGGUGAUUUCAGGUGCAGUAUUGAUGUUGGUGUUGGAAGCACAAAUUGGAUUGCGUUUCCUAGCUCCAAAACCUAUUCUGUGUUCAUGCUAUACUUACAAUAUGGCAUUUUAGUAUUUGCUGCAUUUCAAUGUGUUGAAUGUGAAUGAAACUCAAUUAUUUUUAAGAUAUUUGAUGGUUUAUCAACAUUCGCUUCUGCAUAAAGGUCUCAAGGUUUUAUUUCAUCAUAAAUAACCAGGAAUGAGGGAUAAAGGAUCAUGAGGGACGUGAGUUUCUCAAAGCUGUGCAUUUGAAAUGUAGACAGCUGAAUGGUAUUCAUACAACACUUACACAGAAGUAGGCUGAAGAUUUAUUAUGCAAAUGUAGCUAAAAGCUAAUCAUUAAUAGGAUUGAAAUGUGGAAAUAAAACUGCUUAAUGUUGAUUUAAGGGAAUUUUGAUUACAUUGCACCUUCGAAAUAUUCCUGAUAAGUGUAUGACUCUAUAUCUCAAGAUUUAGUUUAGAUUAAGGUUCAGGGUUAGGGGUUGGCGUUAGGUUUAGUGUUUAUUUCAUAUUAGAAAAAUACAUCCCAAUGUUUUGCUUUUGGUUUAGUGUUAAGUCAUGCGAUCCAGUCUUAUUUUUGCUUCAUUCGUAUGUAUAUGAAACACUUUUUAUGAGACUCUGGGUUAAGUUUAGGAUUUGGGUUACCUUUAAUUUUUAUGUUAGGUACAGAGUUGAAGUUACCAGUUACAUUUAUUUUAAAAAUGUAACUGAGUAAUUGUAACUAUUUCUCGAGCCAUAUUGAACUACUGCAACCAUUGAUAUUCUGACUACAUUCAUAAAAAAUCCUUAUUGCUUUCAUUUUAUGUUAGUAUUUCCAAUAUUUCUAAUGUAGAAAAUGGUAUUUAUCUUGUCGUAGACUGUAUUUUGUUAAUCGAUGAUCUAAGUUUUCUUAGCUUACAAGCAAUGAAGUUUAUUGUAGAAGAAUGGUAUUUAUUUUUAGUUCUCAAUCAAGAUUGUGUGAAAUGCAAGUUUUACUUUUAAUAGUUAGAAAUUAAUACUCUGAAUCAUGGUAAUUUUUUUACCUUUUACAAUUGAAAGAAUUGGAAGAAUUCAUUUUUGUAUUCACUGUGCCUUGAAUUUUGUCAUGAGCGGCUAUGAGUUUUGUCAAAAUUGUAAUUUAAUGAUAAUUAUCAAUAACAUAUAUGUACCUUGCUUUUCUAACUACUUUCUGCCAUAUUAGUAUAUCAUAGUGACUAUUUUUUUUUUAUUCAUGUACCAUUCCAACAUUAUGAAUAUCAGGCUUUAAUUAAAAUAUUUGGUGCAUAAUACACUUUAGUUGAAUAUUUCAACAUUUCAUUGAUAUUGAGCACCGAGGGGACUAUACUUAUCUCAAUGUUAUUUAAAUUCUAGGUCAUACAGGUUAUUACUGCCACAGGGUAUUGUGUUGCACUGUCCGAAAGCCAAUUUCAACCUGUUCUUAUUUAUUGAGGGUAUUCCAAUGAGUUGUUUACGAUUUUAUUAUUUAAUUGCAUAUAUGGCUUCUUCCACAUGCGCACAAACUUAUCAUUGCUUGCAAUGAUGCUUUGAUGUACUGCCCACCAGUUUGCAUGAGAAAUAAGAUUAUAUUGAACUUUGAGCUUGUAAAGUAUAAAACUGAAGUUCUUAUAGCAUUGCUACUCAUGCUUGGAUAUAUAUGUAUUUCAAUCAAAAUAAGAAAUGAGAAAGAUGAAAAUGAAUUACCGUUCAUGUUUUUCAGAUUCAGAUUUAGAUUUAUUUCCAACAGAAAUGACAUAAAUAUUGGUACAAAUCAUUUUCAUACAUUGUAACAAAUAUUUGCGAUACAAAUCAUUGUCAUUAUAAUCAUAUUAAAAAACAUCUAUGAUAAUUAACAUAUAAAGGUAUAUACAAAAUGUGGUGCAUUUUGUAGACAAAUUAUAAUAUAUAAUUUAAAUAGAAAAAAAGGUAUCUGUGGAAAUGUAUUUUAAAACAUAACUCUAUAUAAUUCGUAUCAUACAUUUAAACGAUGGAAAUAUUCUGUAUUCUCGUGGUAAGUCUAUUUUUAGAUGAAUUCUGAUGUACAUGUAAGCAAAAAGAUUGUGUUACAUUCUAUUGACCAUGCAUGUUUCAAAUAUCUUAGUUAAGGAAUUUAUUUAUCUACAUAAUAAGCAUAUAUCUAUAUGUAUGUAUGUCCAUCUGUCUGUCUGUCCAGCUGUCCGUCUAUCUGUCUGUCUGUCUAUCUGUCUGUCUCCAAUUUAUCGCAGCACUUGUCUUUCUUUCUAUUUCUAUAUAGUGCAAUCUACUCAUGUUAAGAUCUGCAAUUCCACUCUGCAAAAGAGUUUAAACACAAUCUACUUAAAUAAUCAACUGCAAACGAUUGCGUUUAUGCAGAGCUCUAUGCAAUUCCUUCUGAUGUCAUGUCAUCAGGCACGUAGCAACAGGGGACUGUUGGGGGAAGGGGGGGGGGGAGGUGCAGACAAUGUCCCAUUCCAGGGGAAUGCCAGGCAUUUAGUAGUCGUGGUAUGUAUCAGGUGUUGCGCCAAGAUAUUUGGUGGUAAUGGGGGGGGGGGGGAGAAUUACUGAUUGUACUUAUUUAAAGGUGAUGUAAUUUCUUUCUCAAUUGAAUAACAAGGUAAUAUACCGCAUCCCAGGGGUCUGUUUCAUAAAACUUUUUCUAAUAACAAAUUUAGAAUAACAGUUCAAAACUAAUUGGCUGAUGGUAAACUUUCUCGAGAAAUUGUGCAUAGUAAUUGUAUGAAGUCUUCAUCAGGGGCGGAUCCAGGAUUCUGUUUUGACGGCAUUUCACAUAAAAAUGUUAAUUGUGCCUCCCAAAGGGGGGGGGGGGCACGGGCCGGCUUUGCCCACCCCCCCCCCUAUCAGCCAGUGGUCUUUAUGAAGUGGAACCCUGGGCCCGUUCUCACAGAGUUACGAUUGAUCCAAUCAAUCGUAACUAUGGAAAUCCAUCACUGCCAUAAUUUUUUCUAUAGGAAAUUGGCACAAUAUCCUUUGUAUACAAAGAGAAGCACACUGAAUCUUCAAGAAAACAAUGAAUGCAUGAGUAUACAUCAUAGUUAAAAUAUUUUGAACAAACAUAUGCAUAAUACAUGUUGAUGUUGCGGGCCGUCCAUAGUUGCGAUUGAUCGGAUCAAUCGUAACUCUUUGUAAGACGGGGCUCAUGAUCUCUCUCUUUGAUACUCUUCCGUCUCUCUCUCUUCAUUUUGCUUUUUCUUCUAUUCUUUUCAUCUUUUUUUUUUCACUACUCAAGUAAAAUACAUUUAGGUGGGGAAGGGGAGCUUUGUUCAUGGAAUUGCAUCUAUUGCAGUCCCAGACACCUGUGAUACUUGAAACCAUUGUCUGUGAGAUUUAUCACUCUGAUCAAUGAUAACUCUCUUUGGCCACACCCUUUCAUUUCACAUAUAAAAGUAGGGGGUGUUUUACAAAUAGUUUAGUAUGACUCAGGGGCC